AUGUUUUUAAAUAAUUUGUUGUUUUCUUUUUUAGCUAUUUUGUAUCGUUUGAAUGUUGUUGAUGAUCAAGGUAUUUUUGUCUGUAACAGAGUUUUUCAGGAUAAUUUUGAUAAUGUCAUAUCGUCUAAUGAAUUCGUUCUUGUGAAAUUUUAUGCUCCAUGGUGUGGCCAUUGUAAAUCUCUGGCACCUGAAUAUGUUAAGGCUGCGAAACUGCUAAAAGAGAAAAACAUCCCCGUCAAACUUGCAAAGUGUGAUGCUACCGUACAUGGUGAACUUGCUUCUAAAUAUGAAGUGCGUGGAUAUCCCACAUUGAAGUUGUUCCAAUCAGGUCAACCAAUGGAGUAUGGUGGUGGGCGAACAUCACAAUCUAUUUUUGAUUGGUUAAAGAAGAAAACAGGUUUUCCUGCUACAACAUUAAUUACAAGUUUUCAAUAUCGAAGUGCGUUUCAGAAAAUUGAUAGUGGAGAUGCUCUAGUUUUUCUAAAAGUUGCUUCGGAACUCGAUAGUAUGCAAUUUGGUAUUACAUCAGAAGAACAUGCUGCUAAACACAUGGAGCUCAAAGAAGAGGGUGUUGUAAUGUUCAAGAAAUUUGAUGAAGGUCGAGUCCAAUUUGAAGAGGCCAUGUCCGCUGAUGUGUUGAAAAAUUGGAUUGAGAUCCACAGAUUACCACUCGUGAGUGAAUUCAACCAAGAUACUGCACCUAUCAUUUUUGGUGGUCAGGUCAAAUCACAUAAUCUCUUAUUCGUUUCAAAAGGAAGCUCUGAAUAUGAACAUUUGGAGAAGGAGUUUCGAGAAGCAGCUAAAAAAUUCAAGGGCAAGAUCGUCUUUGUCAUCAUCAAUACGGAUGUUGAGGAUAAUACUCGAAUUCUUGAGUUCUUUGGUCUGAAAAAAGAAGAUCUACCUGCAUUGAGGUUGAUUGGUCUCGAAGAAGAUAUGACUAAAUUCAAGCCCGAUUUCGACGAAAUAACGACAGAAAAUAUUAUUGAAUUUACUAAUUUGUAUCUUGAGGGUAAAUUGAAGCAGCAUUUAAUGACAGAAGAAAUUCCGAAGGAUUGGAAUAAGAAUCCAGUCAAAGUACUUGUCGGGAAGAAUUUCGGUGAUGUUGUGAAGGAUAAGACGAAAAAUGUCAUUGUUCUUUUCUAUGCACCUUGGUGUGGACAUUGCAAACAGCUAAUGCCAGUUUGGGAUAAACUUGGGGAGAAAUAUCAAGACCAUGAAAACAUAAUUGUUGCGAAGAUGGAUGCAACCUCUAAUGAAGUAGACGAUGUUAAAGUGCAAUCAUUCCCGACAAUCAAAUUCUUCCCCGCAGAUUCAAAGAAGCAAAUUGAUUUCACUGGGGAUAGGACAUUAGAAAAACUCUCACAGUUCUUGGAAAAAGGUGCAGGUUUGUCAGAAGAAUCAAAAGCCGAAGUUGAAGCUGAAACUGACGAAGAAGAAGCGCAUACUGAAUUGUAA